AUGAACGAUCAAUUAGAAAAGCCAAUCGCUAACGUUAAACGAAUCAUUGAGACUGGUGUAGAUGAAAUUGUUACCAAGAAUUCAGAAAAGAAUUUUGUAUUAGAAGAAGUACAACCAGAAUUAUUUUCCAAUAUUGGUGAUGAAUUCAAAACAAUAUUAGAUGGAUCAACCUUUGAUUAUAAAUUACAUGUUGACAGCUUAGGGGAUCUCGCAGAAGAAGAUGUGAAAAAGGUUGAUAAUUUGAAUUAUGAUCUUGAUAAUAAAGCAAGGGAGAUGAUAGUAUGUUCAGCAUUUCAAGGUGUGAUUAGUGAUAUUCUUGCUGAAUUUCUCCAAAUUGAUGGUAAUGAAUCUGCAAAGCUGAAACUGUAUAAUAAAUUAGCUGCUGUGUUAGACCUUGAGAUAUAUAUCUAUGUUGAAGUAUUUAAGCUGGCCAGACAUAUUUAUUUCGAUAGCUUAUCACAAAUACUGAAGUUUUUAUUUGCCAUUUCAACUUCCGAAAUUGAAUAUUUUUGGACCUAUUUAGAAUCAAGAGAAAAGCUUAUCAAAGAGAAGAUAUUUGAUAGACAAACAAUCGGUGAUAGAAUCUCAGUCUUGGAGAUUUGUAAUUAUUUAACCGAUAAAUAUCAAUUUAAAGAUUCUCAGGGUAAACUGGAUUCAUAUAAGAAAGAUUCAUUUAAUGAUAGAUUUCAUUUUCGAGUUCGAAUCUUUGUAACAAAUCUUUUCAGUUUUGAAGAUAAUACUGGAUUGAAUAAACAUUUCCAUAUUGCUAAUAGAGUUGUUCCUCAUAUCCAACCCCAAUAUAGAGGGAAAUCUGUUCUUGUGGAUGAUCUCUUGGCUGUCCAAAAGGUUUUCAAUGAUCCGUUUUACUAUUUGAAGAAAGCAAAUUUCAAAGAAUUAAAAACAAUGACGGAGAAGAUAACCAAUGUUUUCAAUUUUAUAACUCAAGAUGAACCACAACCCCCUGUUGAUCAAUUUGCAAUUCAUCCACCUAAACCUGAAUCUGAACAACAAUAUUUAACAAAAAAAUAUUCUGAUUUAUUAUAUAUUCCUGAAACUUAUUAUAUUUCUCCAUUUCCCGGAACGAAAGAUAGAAAAGAACAUACAAAUCUUCAAAUUGAAGAUCAAAAAUUUAUUACGAAUCAAUUUAAAUCAAAAAAAGCAAAAUUGCAAUUUCUUUUGCAAGCUCACAUAAUUGUUAGUUUAUUUCUUGAAUUAGGUUGGGAAGACAAAGAACGGUUUUUGAGUGGGUUAAAGGCACCAACUAAUGUAAAGCAUUUAACGGAUGAAUCCUUGAGUGAAGCAUUUCGAAAGUCGCUUGUGAAAAUUAAGGUCAAUAUCUUAAACCACUUGAAGAGUAGUAUGGAUAAUCAGUUUGCUUACUUUUUGCAACAUAUUAUCAUAACUGAAAGAAUAUGGUGGGGUUGGUUGAUUUAUGGAAAAGAUCCAAAAACAAAUGAACCAUAUUUCUUAAAUAAAUUAUUAACUGCAGAAGAAAUUAAAGAAGUUGAAGAUAAAUUUAAGGAUAUUUUCCCAUAUAAACCAAACAAGUAUUUUAAUACCUAUGUUACUCCACAAUUAACUCGUAGGAUGAGAACUCAGAGAGGGAUUGCCAAAUUACAUAAUCCACAUGAAUUUAGUGCUGAAUUGGCCCAUGCUAAAAUCGAUCAAUUGACAGAUUCUAUUCAAGAAUGUGAAGAUGAAGAAAUGAGGGAUCUGAUGAUUGAAGAAAGAUCCAUUCUUCUUUGGAAACGAUUAAGAAAAGAACGAUCACGUAAAUGGUUAGAAUUUGGUAAUGCAUUAAAACCAGAUAUAUUUGAAAAGGAUAAAUUUAUGACUGCGGAAGAAGCGAAAUUGGAACGAAAGAGGGCGGCGUCAGAAGGGGAUGGAAAUGACCUGAAGAGAAUAAAGGUUUGA